AUGCGUGGUUCAAACAAGUAUACAACAUUACGCUUGUCUCGAGAACAUUCGGCCGGCAAAAUGUCGCUAAAACAUUCCAGCAGCCAGAGAGCAGGCAACUUGUCGAACAAUGCCAGAGCGUUUUCGAUCGCGUCCCUCGUCCAUGAAGGUAAGUUAUCAGAGGUGUCUUUCUCUAGAGUGACUACAGGCAUUAAGGAUUUAAUCGUUUUGAGUCGGCUUAUAUAUUUUGCGUUUCUUAGAAGAACUUGAGACAAGGCCUGAUGAGAAAAGUCUGCUAUCUGAAAGAGAAAAACACUACUCACCGGUCCCACGAAAGAAGCUUAAAACUUUAAAACCAAAUGCCAUACUGGAAGGCAAGGAACUUUGGAACUGCUUCUAUCGGCUAGGUACAGAAAUGAUAAUCACGAAGACAGGAAGGUCAGUUCAAGUUUGCUUAUUGCACGUCCGUGCGAUAAGAUAAUUACUUACCACAGAUCAGAGGAAUACGAUGAAAUAUUUCACAGUUUUCCUUAAAUUAGUUCACAGAUUUUGAAAGAUUUUCAAACCUUUCAUUUUACUUCGCUCUUUUUUAAGUUGUUGUUUAGUCUUGUUAGCCAACGAGCAGUUUUCCCGUCCAUAGGCCGACUCAAGAUGUUACUGAUAUCCCAGAUAUCGCAAAUUGACCGGUGUGACAGGAAAAUGGCCUCUGUGCGGUUUAUCCGUUAAAACUCUUUAACAGCAUGUUUUCAAACAACGAAUUGUUACUGUGGUUAUGCCCUUUGUGGUUUGCCGCUCUGUUCAGUAGCACAGACGGUUUUCCUUUUCUUUGUGGUGUUGUUUUUAUGGCGCUAUCAACAAAUUAAUCAAAAGCUGCGGGGGUUAAUUUUCGAAACAAUAACAGGCUAAUAAGUUCGGAACGAAGAGAAGAAAGAAAAUCCAAUGUGAACUGUUAAUGCACCUUAAGCUAAUCUUCUGGAAUUAUUGUUUUGAAAAAACAAAAAGAGAGGGAAGUGCUGAAAUGUAAGCUUUUAAAGUAUAUAUGGCCAAGGCUACUCAACACUCCUUAAUCAGAACAAAUUCUCACAUUUUCAACAAUUGCCACCUCACCAUUAUAUGAUACUUGAAAUUAUAUCCCUGUGCGACGAAAGGAAUAACGUUUUGAAGUUCCAAAAGUUCUAAAAAAAGAUAGAGGAAAAUAUGAAAAAACACUAGAGAAAUGGGAGUGUACGGGAAUGAAAAAGGAUUUCUUAGUUGCUUCAGUUUUGUCGGCUUUAUAUUUUGUAGUUCUUUCUCUGAUGUUACUUGAAGUUCGAAUUCAUUCUUUAUUGGAAAAAUUGCCGUACUUUUAUGUUAAAAAAAAAUCGCCCUAUCAUCCGCUAGCCUCAGAACUUUAUCUAGUUCAUUUCAAUUAAAUUCCUUUCCACAUCACCCCGAAGAAUUGGCUAUUUUUUCCCUUAAAUUCACGAAUAAUUUUCCCCAAAAAUGUAACAAAUGACAUCUCUUUUGUGGUUUUGAAUAUACUCGUUUCCCCACCACCGCAAUCGCCCACUGUAAUACGGAGCAUUUAAACUUCUUUUGUGUGUGAUAACACCCAUCAGUUAUGAGUUUAGAAAGGAACUUCUCCGACGACUAUCGUCACAUAUGCCUUAGCGUUGACUGUCAAUGAACGGUUUCCAGCAAUAACUUGGGGCGUUUCAUCCAGAACUCGAAUCAGCCACAAGGUGAAGCCACUGGAUCAUCAGGAAGAUCACGUCGAAGAAACUAAAACAAUCCUUCAACUAAAUUGUUUUCGUUGAUAGAACUAUGGAUUAAAACUGGACUUCCAUUUUUUUGUGAUUUUAAGAAAUUGAAAAGGCGAAAAUUUUGUCAAUUUUUGCGCAAAAGGUAAAAUGAAACAACAAAUGGAAAGCUUGCGCAUCCGGGGAGACCAAAAAAGUUUCGUCCGGUUCAACUUUUCCCGCAGACCCAAGUUUUUUCGAUGAUGUCAUUUAUUUCAUUUUACAAACGUAAAGGCCCGCAAAAUUUGCUUCCAUCCAAGUUAGCGUGCCUAAAAGGACUGGAAAUGCAGGUUCUUAUUUUCACUAAAAGAAUUGUGGCCUAAACCUCAGAAAGUCGCGUACUCCUAGCGAUGGAAGGAAAUAUUUUGAAAAUGAAAGCCAUUCGCGUAAAUGAUUCGCAGAUAUAGACGCAUCUUUGAAGGCAAGAUCACUGUCAGUAGUGUUGUGACGCAACUAGAUUGAGAUGACUCACAAGUCGUUUGUCCGUAAUCAAAAAAACUUCGCUAGAAGUGUCAUAAGUUCAUGAUUCUUUCUUAAGAAAAAAAAAAAAAGGGAGAGGAUCUCGGCGAUUCCAAUUGUUUUUGAGACAAUUUGGCACACUAUAGAAAAACUCUUCCGCAUCUAGGCAAGGGUGUCUGAAGUUUUUUUCUUUAGAGUAACGCUGCAAGAAAAUGGCUACUUGCAAAACUGAACAAGAGGUCAUUUCUCCCGUUUGUAGACAGAUCCUCAGUUUAUUUGGACCACGUUUUUUCAGCUUUACGCACAAGCUAAAUUGAAGCAAAAGAACCAGUGAGAAUUAAACCGAUUUUUUGUUUCUAUUUGUUUUGGCGGCAAGCACCUGCUAAUGAUACUCUCUAACAGUGAUGGUCUUCCUCUCUGCGUUUUAUUUGUAUGUUAAUGGUUGUGGUCAUAGGUUCAAAAAGUUCUUGAAAUUCUGUUCAAAAAGGAACCAAGGAAACUUUUAUCCCUAUUCUAUUACCCAAGCUUAAGAAAAAUGGAGAGUUACCAUUAACGUUUUUGUUUUGUUUUUUCAAAAAAAGUGGCUUGUAUAAAGUUUCAUUAUUUUGCUAGUCAUAUCCACUUAAGAAGUCGUAGAAAUCCAUAGGAAAGCAGCACGCAAAAGUCACGUGAUAAAGACAUUAACCUGAGACGCUGCGACUGCUGUUUGACAAGCUCUGUAAUUGCACCUCAUCCAUUCUGAUAAAAACAGAUCAUUUUCCCAGUUUUCUUCCGGGAGAUCAAAAACACUAAUUUUAAAAACCUUUAAGAAGCCUUUUUCUUACAAACCACAGGGUUAGACCUACGACAGUUGACGAUUUUCCGAAAAUAAAAGUUGAUCGAAAUCGGCAAUCAAAAGAGAGUUUAAAAACGCCAUUUUUUCCCCUACCAUUUAAUUAAGGAAAAGUUGUAACUUUUAAUUAGCUAAGAAAUUUCGUGUCUCUUUCAAUUUACAGGCGAAUGUUCCCGACCGUCCGUGUAUCCUUCGUGGAUCUUGAACCUGAUGCUAAGUAUGCAGUGUUGUUGGAUAUUAUGCCUCUGGACUCUAAGCGGCACAGGUACUCUUAUGCGGACUCCGCCUGGUUCGUUGCAGGAGAAGCCGAUGCAGCGCCCCCUAAAGUGAUGUGUGUUCACCCUGACUCCCCGUUCACGGGGCAGCAGCUGGAAAGACAAGUUCUCUCAUUCGAGAAAGUCAAGUUAACGAACAACCGAGAUGACAAGCGAGGAAAUGUAAGUGUGAGACGCCCAGGCAUUAUCUACUGACUUUCAAGUCGAUAAGAGUGAUGUAUGACUUCCUUAUUUUUGGCCAUCGUCAAUGGUUUAUCUGAUAAAGAAUUGUCUACCCUUUCGUGGGGAUAAGAUUUUCCGGCGGCCUCCCUCUUACCUAGCUUUAUUUCUGUCGUGCCUAUAAAAACCAUAAAGGUAGUUUACAUUUGUAGCAAUUAUUUUUUAAUUAUCAGAACAACCUUUGCUUUUUACGCAAUUAGAUAUGCUUUCUUUUUUGUAAGAAAUGAUAAUUUAACGUUCGAAAGAACAUUAACGCAAAUUGCGCUCGACAAUUUUCUAGCUCCGUCCGUUAUCACAAAUAUCUAGAAUUGAUCUACAGCCCAAAGUGUCCGGUUCAAAUGCCUUACAGGUGUCUUGUCUGCGUUUUGCUUCUUUAAAGCCGUCUCACUAAGAUCAAUCCUAUUUCAUGACUAGUUGUUUUUGCGCAAACGGCCUCCAGGUUUUUAACACAUUCUUAACACUUCAUACCCUUCGUUUAUCAUUUUCAACUUGACUGUCGAUCAGAAGUUGCCACGGGUUUACUGUCUUUUUCUCAGACAUGAAUGAUUAAGAGGGAAAUAUGUAGCCAUCUAUAACGACAAUCAUGUAAAUUUGGCGCAUAAAAUAUCCUCGCGAAUCUUAAAUUGAGAACAAUUUGCGCCAUUUUGCACGCUGAAGGGAAAAUUUUUUACGCGCUUAUAAUGUACGAUUCUUUUGAUGGAAUUUCCACCAUUUCCGAAUUUUCUUACCCCAUGCUUAAAGACUUUUUCUCUCCCGUCACAACUACUCACAAUCUGGUUUCGGUUCUGUGCCAUGUUUACGCUUGCCGUUGUUCGUUGUGACUGUAAAUUGAUCUGAUGUUUUAGUUACUUAUGACAUGCCAUUAGCUAGCUGUGAUACCAUAGAACAGUCCGCCUUUGUAGCGCUUCAAUACAAAACUGAACAAAACAAUUCCACCUGUUAGCGAGAUCGUCACGUCCCUUUAAAUUUCAAUUGAACUCAAUUUUAUUCAAGACCAAAAUAGAAGAACAGGAAACUCUCUUUUUAGCAGAUAUCUUCUCUUUCAAGCAGAUAUGUUCUCUUUCAGUGCGACGUUCUUUGAAUCUUGCAUCACAGCGUCUUUCAAUGAUUUAUUAAUUUUGCUUCAGCUUUCUUUGUUAGCAAAGGCCUCUUGAAAUGCCGGCUUUUAUAGACAUCUCUGCCCCUCUACAUAAAUUUUAAAGCACGGAUGAGUAAUAAGUUUGCCUCUUUCCGAAAAAUGAAAAAUUCAAAUUGCUCUGCUAAGACUUUGGCGGUUGAGCGGGAUUUCAACUUUUACGCUGUUCUUCUGCGUCAUAAACUGAAAACCUUUUCCACAUACUCCUAAGGUACUCAAGGAACCACAAACAAGUCUCAAGUUCCCUAUGAUGAACGCUUUAAACAAAAAAUUCAGCUGCUUUGGAAAGUUCUCGAACUCUGCGUGAGGUGAUGUUUCGCGGCCAUAAAAUAAAUCCUCAUGGGAAACUUACUCUAUAUUCUGUCUUCUUUUGGCGACAAUUUUUUGAGUGACAGGAAGAAAACCGCAACUGGUGAAACACGAUACAAAAUCAACUUCAUUCCCCCAACCUGCUCUAGAAAUAGAUAUUUCUUAUUUAUAAUUGAAGAAAGAGAUACAAACUUUCAAAAACUGACUUCAUUCAUGAAAGGUCUGCAGUUUUUAAGUUCUCAACCAUUAAAUUUAGUGCUUCAUGGGUACGCAAGCAAUAUAGAUUUUAGAAUGCAAUAAUUGGAGUGAAUCGUUUUCCCGCUUUGGAUAGUGGCUAUCAGAAGCUAGGCGAUGCAGCAUUUUCGCCAAAAUAUAUAUGUAAAGAAUUAAUUAAGGUGGAAAUGAUUUCCAUGUGUGUUCCAUGUAAGCAGCUUCAAAAACAGAAAGACAACAGAAAAAGAAGUUCUUCUUUACCACAAAGAACGAUGAUGUUUGCUAGCGAAAUUUAAAAACCCCCGCAAUUUGGAAAUGAUAGUGAACGAAAUUCGUAUGAAAACUUCGCAUAUAAGGGUGUAUUUUGUUCACAUAAACUGCACAACCUUAUGCUGUUUUUCAGAAAUGUAAUUUACCUCUAUAGAGUUCGAACUAAGGCGUUUGUGAUAGCAAAGCGUGGCUUUAUGACUGAACUUGUUCAGCUUUUAGGAGCUUUGUAAAGGCUCGCAAGUUGGACAAAAUGUGUGUUUUCACUGAUGCGUUGUCUUUUUACUUUUAGAUCAUUUUAAACUCCAUGCACAAAUAUCAACCACGAAUUCACUUGGUCAAGGAUCCUGCAAGUGAAAAUGUUCACAAAACAGACUUGACGGAAGCGCAGACCUUCGUGUUUCCAGAAACGACAUUCAUGGCGGUCACUUCGUAUCAGAAUCACCUCGUAAGUGGCGUUUAAAACUAUGUUAUAUUAAGAAAGAUGGUAAAUUGCAAGCUCGGUAGUCGAGUAAAAAUGGUGUGAAACAAUUGUUAUGAAUCUAGGACAAAUUAAAAGGAAGUCUUUUGGUCCAGAAUUUUUUGUCGUAUUGUAUACUAACUCAGAGAAGAGAGAAGCUGUUUGUGAGUUUAUGCUAUGCUUAAAUUAAACGGGGCAAGCGGUCUGCGUACUGUUAGAAUCGGCAAUAAAUGUCGAAGGUGUCCUGCCUGAAGCCUAAAGAGAGGAGGAGUCCGGAUAACUUGGUACAAUCAUUCAGAGCGCGUUUUAACGCAUGAAGGAAGAUUGAGUUCACGAUAGGUUGCGACCUUUGAUUAAAAAGAUUCAUUAAUUUCGCAGAUAACGAGACUCAAGAUUUACAGUAACCCGUUUGCUAAAGGAUUCAGGGACUCGAUCAGAUUUUUAGGUAACACAGAAAGGUUCGUAUUCAUCUUUUAUUUUCAUCUAAGACCAACGGUUUUACUGCAUAAAUCGCUGCUGUUGUUAAAAAUUGAGGCAUGAAAGCAGCACUGAAGAACCAUUUGCUUUCCGUCUCCAGAGAGAGCUAUUUAAUGUCAAAUGGCAUUCAAGCGUACGAAAAUGAGGAUGGCACAUGCUUUCUUUCAAGUGGAGCGCUGACCUAUGACUCAAGAGACUUGUUUAGUGAUGGUAAGUCUUUUUGAAAUCUCCAGUUUACGAAAUCUUUUUUUUUCUCGAGACGUAUAUAGAUAGACCCCAUUCAUUUUGACUUUGUCGCCUAUGGUCUACAGUGAUUUACUUCUUAAUGAAGAGAUGAAAAUCUACUAGUUGUGAAAAGGCCCGAGUGGAUAAAAGCUUCGAUUAUAACUUUUUUCCGGCCUGCAGUGACGUUUAAUUGGUAAAACAGAACGAGAUAACAGCUGCAGAACAAAAAGGAGCAGGAAGCUUUAGGUCGGGUUGCGUGAAGAAGCAACCCAAGCCUCGAAGACUUCCCUCCAUUUUUCCACCCGGUCCAGGCUUCCCUCCUUCUUUUCUACCCGACCCAAACUUCCCUGUUUUUUUUUUCACCCGAUCCAAACCUCUCUCCUUAUUCAACCGAAUCAAAGUCUCCUUAAGUCUCCCUCCUUUUUCAACACGACCCAAACCUCCGUUCUUCUUUCCAUUCGACCCAGAUCUCUCUCUUUUCUCCCACUCGAUCCUAACCUUCCCUCGAUUUUCUAUUUUUUUUUUCGCUCUGCCGCAUAAUUCGCCUGGAACAGGCUCAGGUUUUUCUGAUAUAAAAAAUAUUUAUACUUUUACUUUGGUUCAAAUGGCUGCCACCGCAAGAAACAAAAAAUCUGUACUGUACCAAGAGAUCAUAAGAUGAUCUCUUAACCAUACUUAUUCUCGAAGGCACAAUGGCUUUUUAUACUGAUGAAAAAUAACUGAUUUUUUAACAGAAAUUUAUCAAGUAUCAGCCCCUGCACAGUGGGGAUCAUGGGAAGAUCUCUCAUGCUGUCACUCAAGCAGCGUCACUCUUAGCAACAGUUGCUACCCUCACUCCAUCCAGUGCGCAAGCUCAAGUGAUGUCUACAACAGGGCGCAUGCGUGGUGGCGUUAUCCAAUCUCGCAUCCAGAAGAUGGCGUUCUGAUUAAAUACUAAGAGAAGCUCAUCAUAGAGCCCUUAAAAAAUACUCCGUGGUAAAAAUUCAUUGUUAUUCAAUAGACCAUAAAUCCUCGAGUUAGCCCCUUGCGCGCCCUUCUUAGAUUUAGGAUAAAACGUGGGGUGGGAGGCUUGUUCAAAGAAGGGCAUUUGACGGGAUGGGGGAAAGUUUAAGUGGUCCCAAACCGUGGCUAGAUAUUCUCGUUCCUUGUAAUACAACAUCAGUUGUGUUUAAAUACACAAAGGAAAUCAUAAAAUUUCAAUAACGGCACAGUUGGUACUUUUAUUUUUCCAAACUAAUCGUGUUCCAGAACUAUACAAGAACAGAAUUCAGGUAGAAAUCUUACGCUGCGAUUACGUGUUUAAUUAUUUCGGCGAGCCCGGUCAAUUUUGCUUUAGAACGGGAAAGGGGGAGGGGGCGCUUAUUUAAAAUUUUUGGUAGAUGGAAGGGGUGCUUAAUAAAACGCGCGCGAGAAAAGGGCACUUUAAGGGAAACGCGCGAGGGAAGGCGCUGAUUCGAGGAUUUACGGUAAUACAUUUUACUUUCAAACCAAGAAAAUAAUAUCACUUGUUAAUGUUGUUUCUCUAAACCAGGAGAUAUUUGCAAAGUUAUUUAUUUAUAAGAUGUAUUUAGUUCAAUUUUCUAAGUGAUCGUCUAUGGCGUAAUGACGGGCUACCAUCAAUCUCACGAAGGCCUCGAUAUAUGGGAAUACUUCCUGGUGUUUUUUAAACAAUUUAUCAGUAUGGUGUCUCUCAACCAGCAGCGUUGGACGCCAUGUUAGCUGUUAUUGGGCAAAAAACGCACAGGUUACAUUUGACUGAGAAAUUUGAAAUCAGUCUCCUCGGCUUCAUGUUUAGUGAUAGCUUAAUGAAUUUACGUAAUUUUUUUCAAUUAUAGUCCUUGAAAUAGUGCCCGAUGUGCGUCUUUUAAAGGUUCUUUAUCAAGUUUUUUUCGUAACUGAAACGGCGAUUCCAAACCUUGUGGUAGUUCCAUCGUUUCUAACGGGGUUACAUAACAUUGUUUUUGGUACGUAGUUGUACUAGCUUCACACAACCCUUCAACUCCCAGAAGUGAUUAACAUGUAAAUUCUCCCUAUAAUAUCUGUUCAUUAUCGAGCAAAACAGGUAAUGCGAAUACUCAAACUUAUCAGGUAGAAGUUGUUAUCUUGAUCUCACACAAAACUCUCGAAACUAAUUUACAAGGAAAUGUGUAACAGCCGGAGGGGAGAAUUUACAAUCAGGUGUUGGGAGGGAGAGGGUUAAUCAUGCACAAU